CCUCCUUCCCUAACAAGCACUACACAAGUGACCAAAUAUUGUGUAUUGCGAAAAUGUCGGGCGCGAACGCGAAGUCGGAGAAGGCUAAUAACUCGUGGUGGUCGCGAUUCGCGUUUGAGCGCACGUCGAUGCAGUGCAACCAAGUUGCUAGCGAGAGCGUGCAUGGUGCGCGGCUCGCCGCGGCGGAGCUCGCGGGUUGUGCUGCUUGCGAGGAGGAGAGUAAGCUGUGCGAGUGCAGAGAGGUAAACCGACUCGCGGGCUACGAGACUGAGCAGCACCACAGCAAGCCGAACAGCUCCUUUGCUCACUCAGUGAUCAACAUGAUAGGAAUGCUCAUAGGUUUGGGCCAGCUCUCGACGGCAUACGCCCUCGAAAACGGGGGCUGGGCCACGGCCUUCUUGCUGGUGGGCCUGGGCCUGGUCUGCGCCUACACGGCCCACGUUCUCGGGCGGUGCCUCGACGCCGACCCCAGCGGCGGCGCCAAGUCGUACCAGGACCUCGGCGCCGUCGCCUUCGGAUCCAAGGGCCGGAACCUCGCUGCGGCGUUCAUCUACUUGGAGAUUUUCCUGGCCCUCGUGGCCUACACCAUCUCCCUCAACGACAACCUCCCCCUCCUAUUCCCCAGCGCCCACCUCCACCUCCACCUCCCCUGGCUGCGCCACGUGUCCCCCCGGCAGUUACUGACCGUUGCGGCGGUUAUGUUGGCGGUUCCGAGCCUGUGGCUGCGGGACCUGUCGUCCAUCUCGUUCCUGUCGUUCGCGGGAAUCUUGACGUCGCUGCUGAUCUUCGCGACCGUCGGAUGGACCGCCGCCUUCGGUGGGAUUCGCGCCGAUCACGUCAUUCCCGCCCUGAGGGUGGGAAAGAUUCCCGCCAUCUCGGGGCUCUACGCGUUUAGCUAUGCGGGGCAUAUUGUGUUCCCCAAUAUUUACACGGCCAUGAAGGACCCUUCCAAGUUCACCAAGGUCUCGAUCACAAGCUUCACGAUAGUGACCAUCCUCUACACGGCUCUCGCCUUCACGGGCGCGAAGCUCUUCGGCCCCGGCGUGAGCUCGCAGAUAACCCUGGGCAUGCCGCCGCACCUAGCCGCGACCAAGAUCGCUCUGUGGGCAACCGUGCUCACCCCCAUGACCAAAUACGCGCUUGAGUUUGCACCCUUUGCGAUCCAGCUCGAGCGCAGCCUCCCCUCCUCCAUGUCCUCCCGCACCCGCAUGCUCGUUCGCGGCGCCGUCGGCUCCGCCUUGCUCAUUUUGAUCCUCCUGCUGGCUCUCUCCGUGCCCUACUUCGAGUACGUGCUUAGCCUCACGGGGUCUCUAGUGAGUGUCGGGAUAUCCCUGGUGUUUCCCUGCGUUUUCUACCUAAAGAUAUGUCGCGGGAGCGUGUCGAGGUCAAUUGUGGUGCUAAAUGCGGCGAUUAUUAUUGUUGGCAUAGUUCUUGGAGUGGUAGGGACUAUCUCUUCUUCUAAGUCCCUUAUUCUAAGUAUUCAGAAAGGUUGUUCAUCUUGAAUCGUUAGCUAAGUAAUGUUAUAUGCACUCUCGUUUACUCGCAGUUCGCUGCGUAUAUUUAUAAAAAUGACUGAUCUCGUGUGUUAUGCUGUUUACUUACAAGCAAA